AUGAGCUCCAGAGGUCACAGCACGCUCCCAUGGACUCUCAUGGCUCCUUGGAUGAUUUCCAAGGGAGACAUAGGAAGCAUUGCUCAGAUCACCUCCUCUCUCUUCUUGGGCAGAAGCAGUGUGGCCUCCAACCAGCACCUCCUCCAGGCCCAGGGCAUCACCUGCAUCAUUAAUGCUACCAUUGAGAUCCCCAACUACAACUGGCCCCAGCUUGAAUAUGUUAAAGUGCCUCUGGCUAAUAUUCCUCAUGAUCCCAUUAGAUUGUACUUUGACACUGUGGCUGACAAGAUCCACAGUGUGAGCAAGAAACAUGGAGCAACCUUGGUGCACUGUGCUGCGGGAGUGAGCCACUCGGCCACCCUCUGCAUUGCGUACCUGAUGAAAUUCCACAAUGUGUGUCUAUUGGAGGCGUACAAGUGGGUGAAAGCCCGGAGGCCUGUCAUCAGGCCCAAUGUGGGCUUCUGGAAGCAGCUGAUAGACUACGAGAACCAGCUUUUUGGAAAGUCGACCAUGCAGAUGAUAGAGACACCCUAUGGUGUCUUUCCAGACAUCUAUGAGUCCCGACACCUGAUGCCUUACUGGGGGAUUUAG